ACGAACGCAACAAGACAACAUAAUGGAACGAUACGGCACAGCUGCUGGCCUUCACAGGCGUCGCUCGUGGCACAGUGGACAGGAUCUGGGUCCACCUGAUCCUCUUGACGUGCAUCUGCUGGCCACAUUCGCCGGGGCUCUUGGGUGUCUGACAUCUAUCCGCCCUGUUCGCCUCCUCAGCAUCUCCUCAGUCGGUUGCACUGGCCCGCACCAUGGGUCAAGCACCCCAGCUCACUCCAACUCAACACUCUCAUUGUUCCUUGCUGCCCACACUGUGCCAUCUUCAGGACAUCGGUGGUCGCUGUCAUCCAGGUUGGGACCUAGUGGUGGCUCGGGACGUGGAACGUUGGCCUUGUUCUGCAGGCGUUGCUAGCGUUCCAUCCCAC